AGCCCAGGGCAGAGUGGGAGAACAGCUGGUGCAAUGACAGGCAGAAACUGAAGAGCGUUUGAAGCUUUCUGUUCCUACACAGGUUUUCCCCCUAGCUGAGCAAGUGACACACAGAGAAACAUGCCUGAGCAAAGCAAUGAUUAUAGGGUAGUUGUGUUUGGAGCUGGAGGAGUGGGAAAAAGUUCUUUGGUCUUGAGAUUUGUGAAGGGCACUUUCAGGGAGAGCUACAUCCCUACCAUUGAAGACACCUAUCGGCAGGUGAUCAGCUGUGAUAAGAGCAUAUGCACUUUGCAGAUAACUGACACCACAGGGAGCCAUCAAUUUCCAGCCAUGCAACGCCUCUCUAUUUCUAAAGGACAUGCUUUUAUUUUGGUUUACUCUAUCACCAGCCGACAGUCCUUGGAGGAACUCAAGCCAAUCUACGAACAAAUAUGUCAGAUUAAAGGAGACAUAGAAAGCAUUCCAAUAAUGCUGGUGGGAAACAAAAAUGAUGAGAACCAAAAUCGAGAGGUAGAAAGCAGUGAAGGAGAAGCCAUGGCGAAGAAGUGGAAAUGUGCCUUCAUGGAGACCUCUGCCAAGACGAACCACAAUGUGAAAGAGUUAUUCCAAGAAUUGCUAAACCUGGAGAAACGCAGGACUGUGAGUUUGCAAAUUGAUGGAAAAAAAAGCAAGCAACAGAAAAGGAAGGAGAAGCUGAAAGGAAAAUGUGUGGUGAUGUGAAAUUGCACUGUCAGGAAUCGGCUGUGAGGUCUCAACUGGCAAUACACAUGUAAACCCAUAGACAGCAAACAACCAUGCAAGAUCCUAUUUAUUAGAAUCUGUUUUAAAAUAAAUACUUGGAAAUAAAAAAAAUGAGGUACUGUGAUUGCUAUGAAAAAACCAGAAAAAUAAAAAUAUGUGUAGUCUCACAAUCAUUUAAAGCAAAUCAGGAAGAAAACAAAAGAUGUCCCAGAAUACCUUAUUUUGUAAUAUAUAAGAAAGAAUUACCAUCAUUCACAUAAUAUAAAAGAUUUGGAAAAUCUACUCAAUAAUAUCCGCAUCUGCAUAUAAUUGCAAGAGAAAGCAAUGUAUAAUAUCAGAAGAAAAACAAUGAAAUGGUAGUGAAGAAACCUAGAACAAACAAAUACAUGCUGGAUGGUGUUAACCAUAUCCUUCAAGAAAGCUCUGGAUGAACAAUUCUAUGCCAUUUUAAUUACUGACUGGUGGGAGAAUGUGCAUAAGACAGUCUUGGAUCACCUGAAUAAAUGACCUAUUGCACAGUAAAAGGAAGUGUGGGGAUAGCAGUUAAAAGGGACAGAUAUUGUCUCCAUCCCCCCAUCAUUAUACUUCUUUCUAGUGUGAUACAGUGUUUUAACUGAAGGUUGUGGAAAAGCCAAUCCCUGUAAGAGAGCUGGAGAUCAUAAUUUCUGGGCUCAUUGUUUCAAGGAUGACCUGAGUUUCUGGCCCAAAUAUAUUUCAGAAGAACAGACAUUUAUUUGUGGAGAAUGCCAGGUGGAAUGGUGUACAUAUAA